AUGGGUAAAAAAAGAACAAUCCGUGGGUCAGAAAGGACCAUCAUAUUAAGAAUAUUUCAUUUUUUUGAGGAAGAAAAGUUAAGAGGAAUCACUAUUCCAAUAACAGCAGUAGACAAACGAGUGUGUGCUGCUACUGGUGUAAGUCGACACACACUGACCAGAAUUAAACGUGAAGAGGAAAACGAGAUUGCCAAACGAAGAAGACUUGAAGUUGAAAGUGAACCGCAACCGAGUACUUCAAGCGAAGCCCCAACAGAGUCAGUAAAACUGUCUACUCCAGGAAAAAAGCGAAUACAAAAGAAAAAGUUGGAGAUUGAUGAUAUGUGCUAUCAAAACCAAAAUUUAAUCCUUUUAUACCGUUCACAAAGAAGUGCCAACAUUGAAAAAACUAUUAGUGGCUGUCAAAAGAGACCUUAA